UGUUUCAUGCACUAUGUGUAAAAAAAAAAUAUAAGAACAAGAAUUAGCAUGACGCUUAAAAUGAUGAACGGAAUAAGAAGAACAAAGAUUGUCCUAAACAAAUUAAGGAAAAAGAACAAUUUUACUGUGGAUUCUACUACGAUGAAAUUGCAGUUAUGCAAUGUAAGGGGAUCUCCAACGCUCAGUGCUUGGAUGGGUGCUAGCAGGAAAUAAAAUAAAUAAAAUCUCUAGAGCGCCCGCAUUAGAGUACGGACCCGCGUAGACCCCCAUCUUCCAAGAAGGAACAACUCUCCCUGACUAGUGGGCCCAGCAGGUCGGUGUCAUCUGAUCUGAUUAUGUACCGCCUCGGUUCGCAUUGCUCCUCCCCAGUCACCAGCCACCAGUCCCCACUCCCCACUCGCCUUCCACCACACCCGCGAAAACCCUACCUCCGGAAGCAUCGCCGGUCGAGAUGAAGGGCGGCGACAUCACGGCACCCAAGGGGGCGCCGUACCCCGGGACGGCGGAGAGCCCCGAGCUGCGCUCGGCACUCAUCCGGAAGAUCUACGUCGUCCUCUGCCUGCAGUUUCUCCUCACCGCCGUCGUCGCGGCCGUCGUCGUCAAGGUCCCCGCCAUCCCUCACUUCUUCCUCUCCACCCACGCCGGCCUCGGGCUCUACAUGUUCAUCCUCAUCUUCCCCUUCAUCGAUAAGACUACCUUAUCGACCAUUGUACAUGCCCUUACAACGGUGGCAUUCUUGAGCCUCACUGCUUACACCUUCUGGGCUGCAAGCAGGGGCCAUGACUUCAGCUUCCUUGGUCCUUUCCUAUUUGCUUCUCUCAUCGUGCUGCUCGUCUUUGGUUUCAUUCAGAUCCUCUUCCCGCUGGGCAAGCUCUCUCACAUGAUCUAUGGCGCGCUGGCGGCACUCAUCUUUAGUGGCUACAUUGUCCAUGACACGGACAACAUCAUCAAGUGUUACACGUAUGACGAGUAUGUCUGGGCUGCCGUCUCGCUCUACAUUGACAUCAUCAAUCUGUUCAUGGCACUGCUGAACCUGUUUAGCGCGGCUGACAGCUAA